AUGGCGAAACCAUAUGUUAAAGAAACAUCACGGAAAAUAUUUUCAAGCCACAAGACGUGGGCCACGCCCAUCAGGUCCGCCGGCGCGAGCGAGGCCGACUCGUUCCACCGCGCGGUCAGCUGGGUGCUGGCCAUGGCGCAGUGCUUCGCCAUCAUGCCCGUGCACGGCGUGCGAGCUCCCUCCCCCCACUCACUGAGAUUCCAGUGGACAAGUCUGCGAGUGAUCUACGCCAUGUUUAGCCUGGUGGGAUCGACGGUCUUCGCUGUUCUCACCUGCCUGCACAUGUCUUCGCAAGGUCUCACCUUCAGCCGCACAUCGCCUGUGGCUUGUGGGACGUCCGUUACGACGCGGCCCUCCCUCUGCCCGGCAGCGCCCACGGUGUUCUUCGCGUGCAGCGCUCUGGCGUCGCUGCUGUUCCUGCAGCUGGCGCGCGACUGGCCGGCGCUCGCCGCCGCCUGGGACGCCGUCGAGAGGCGGCUGGCGCCGCGCUACGGCUACCCCCGGGGCGUCGCGCGCCGCUGCAGGCUCGUCACCGCCGCCGUGCUGCUCAGCGCUCUAGUGAAACACCUGUUGUCCAACGCGCCGACGGCCGUGGAGACGUACUACUGCUCGCCCAGCGGCUUCGCCUUCCUACGCAUCUACUUCACCAGCAAGUACUACUACGUGCCCGACUACUUGGGCUACAACUUCGCCGUCAACUUCUGCACGGCUUUUAUAAGCAUUAUCGCCACGUUCGCGUGGAACUACGUGGACCUGUUCAUCAUCCUUCUGAGCAUCGCCAUUACGGAGCGAUUUAAGCAGAUCAACAUAGCAGUCAAGUCGUGCACGGACAAGGUGGUGGGCGAGCGCGAGUGGCGGCAGCUGCGGCUGGACUACAACAGCCUGGCGCAGCUCACCAAGACGGUCGACAGGCACGUCAACAAGAUCGUGCUGCUCUCCUUCGCCACCAACCUCUACUUCGUCUGCCUCCAGUUCCUCCACAGCAUGAAGCCACUGGCCAGUGCGGUGGAGACGGUGUACUACUACUGGUCGUUCAUCUACCUGUUCGCCAAGACCUGCCUCGUCUCACUGUCGGCUGCAGACAUCUACGUCCGGAGCAAGGAGCCCAGCGCUCUGCUCUACUCCGUGCCACCGCUCGACUACAGUACUGAGGUGGAGCGUUUCCUGAGUCAGGUGACGUCCGACAACGUGGCCCUGACGGGACUCAACUUCUUUCCCGUCACUCGCACGCUGCUCCUCACGGUGGCAGGUACUAUUGUGACCUACGAAAUUGUUCUUGUGCAACUAAAUGCGUCAUCAGACGUAGCAGACGUUGCCGGCGAAGAAUCUGGAAACAGGACUGCCCUUUGCGAAACGUUACGACUCUAAGCUGUCCGCUCAUCCUUAAUAAAAAUCUUGAUCAAUGAAAAUUAAAAUAAAUCGUGGAAGAUUGUCUGAUCUCUAGGAAGUACAAUCGUGUAUCCGUCUAAACUACAAUAAAGUAAUUGU